AUGCCCCGCCCCUCCACCACCCCAUCCAGACCGACAGUACCUGAAGGAACAGCUCCAGAGAACAUCCCUUCGUCUCGGCCCAAGGAUGGAGGAGGCCCCGAGACCACGCCCCCUCUCCUUGCCAGCUGGGCCGGCGACCGAGUAAGCGCGCCCCGAGCGGAGCGUGGCUGCGGCGCCACGCCCCCAGCACCCCGCGAGAAUAAAGGACCAUGCCUUGAAUUCUCUCAGCUAAGCGUAAAGGAUUCCUUCAGAGAUCUGUUUAACCCGCAAAUGGAGAUAUUUCUGAUAUUGUAUACAAGGAAAAACCCGAGCUGUGCUGAGCCCCUGUUUGAGCAGGAUAACUCACUUAGUGCUAAUUUCAACACAAGCAAGAAAACAGUCUGGCUUAUUCAUGGAUACAGACCAAUGGGCUCUACUCCAUCAUGGCUUCGGAACUUUGUAAGGAUUUUGUUGAACCAAGAUAUGAAUAUAAUUAUAGUAGACUGGAACCGAGGUGCUACAACUUUUCUUUACAGUAGAGCAGUAAAAAAUACCAGAAAAGUUGCUGUGAGUUUAAGUAGGUAUAUUCAGAAUCUUUUGAAACAUGGAGCAUCUCUUGAUAGUUUUCAUUUCAUAGGUGUGAGCUUAGGAGCUCAUAUUAGUGGAUUUGUUGGAAAGAUAUUUCAAGGUCAAGUUGGAAGAAUAACAGGCCUUGACCCUGCUGGACCACAAUUCUCUGGAAAACCAUCAAAUGGCAGAUUAGACUACACUGACGCAAAUUUUGUGGAUGUCAUCCAUACUGACACCAAUGGUUUAGGCAUUAAAGAACCCUUGGGACACAUAGAUUUUUAUCCAAAUGGAGGGAAAAAACAACCUGGCUGUCCUAAAUCAAUCUUUGCAGGAAUUGAAUUUAUUAAAUGCGACCACCAGAGAGCAGUUUACUUGUUUAUGGCAGCUUUGGAAACAAGCUGCAAUUUUAUUUCGUUUCCUUGUCAUUCUUACAAAGAUUACAAGUCUGGCUCAUGUGUGGAUUGUGACAACUUUAAGGAAAAAUCAUGUCCUAAACUAGGUUAUCAAACUGAGCUAUGGAAAGAUAUCUUAAAAGAAAGAAUAGAAAACAGAUCUCUCAGGACCACGGUGUUUUUGGAUACUGUUCAAACAAAUCCAUUCUGUACCUAUUAUUUUGUUCUCAGUGUAAUUGUUCUGGAUAAGACUAUGAAGGAUGGCUAUAUUACAUUUAAAUUAUUAAAUCAGCUUGGAAUGGUUGAAGAGCCAAGGCUCUAUGAGAAGAACAAAUUAUUUUAUAAACGUCAAGAAGUCAAGAUUCUUGCUCAGUUUUUAAAUGAUGUUGUAAAUAUUUCAAGCAUUAGUUUGGCAUAUUUUCAGAGCUCAAAUCAGCAAUGUUCCAAAUGCAAAUACACUAUCCGGCGUCUCAUGUUAAAAUCACUUACAUAUCCAGAAAGACCACCACUUUGCAUCUAUAAUUUUGUACUUGAAGAAAGCAGAGAAAUAGUUCUGAGUCCUAACAUAUGCACACUAACUGAAAUAUAAGAUGCCUUUUUCCAUCAAAUGUAACAACUUGUUUGUGAACUAAAGAACUUGUAAGUAGGAGUAAUGCAAUUCAUAUUUCUUUUAGAAUGUAUUGCUCAAUCUGAAAUUCAGAUAUUUCUACUUCUUGAAUAUGUUUUUAAGAACCAAACAUAUAGGAUAUUUUAAAAUGCAUAUGGCAAAACAUUCUGAAAAUAUUUUGAAAGCUGUUUAUUUCUGUUUACCUUCAUUAAAUGUUUUUCAUUGAGUGUUUCCCUUAGUUACUUAUUAUUAAUAGAUAAUAUGUCUUUAGAAAAAAAAGAGAAGCUUAUUACUUCCACAUACUGUCUAAAUAGUAUUGUUUUCCACUCAGACUGCAAUAAUAAAUAAUUGAAUUUUUUAAUUUAUAAAUUUAUCAUUUAGAGAAAUCAUUUGGAUUAAUGUAUAUCUUGUUAACAUAAAUGCACCUUCUUUUUAGUGAUCUAUUUGGUAUUUUGUAGUGCUUUGUAAAUAAAGUCUUUGUUUCUGUGGAGCACAAUAAUCUAUGGGCCUGUCAUCCUUAAUGUCAGAUCCUGGGUCUGCCACUUACUAAUGGUGUAAUCUUGAGUAACUAAAUUUACCUCACCAUGUUUCAGUUAGCUAAGAAACUUAG